AUGGCUUUAAGAAAACGAUUCGAGAAUAAAGUAGUAGUUAUUACUGGAUCGACUGAAGGGAUUGGUUUUGCUACGGCUCAAAGGAUAGCUGCAGAAGGUGGCAGCGUAUCCGUUAGCAGUCGACAUCAGGAGAAGGUAGAUAAAGCAAUUCAACUAUUACGAGAUCAAGGCUACACCAAUACCCUGGGCAGAGUUUGCGAUGUUAGUAAGGAAGACGAUAUUAAAGAUCUUAUUCAAGCAACCGUUGAUAAAUUUGGCGCUAUUGAUGUACUCGUAUGCAACGCUGCAGUUGCUUUUGGCGGACCAGUCAUCAAAACAUCCAGUUCAGUAUGGGAUAAGACAUUCUCAGUUAAUCUUAAAUCUGCUUUUACGCUUACCAAGGAGGUUUUGCCUUACUUGAAACAACGCGACGGUAGCAAUAUUGUAUUGAUAUCGUCUAUCUUAGGUCAUAGCCCUAUGCCAGUGACUGGAGUUUAUAGUGUAUCUAAAACGGCAAUGUUUGGAUUAAUGUUGGCACUGACCAAAGAAUUAGGCAGAUAUAAAAUUAGAGUGAAUGCUAUUGCACCUGGUGUCAUUGCUACCAAAAUGAGUCUAGGCCUACGUCAAGGAAGUAACGAAGAUUGGGUCAUGCGGGAAACGCCUUUAAGGCGAUAUGGUCAACCUGAAGAAAUUGCCUCUGCUGUAGCUUAUGUUUCAUCUGAUGAGGCUGCUUAUGUAAAUGGCAGUACAAUUGUAGUUGGUGGAGGUUUAGGAAGUCGAUUAUAA